AUGCAGUACAACGAGUACGAGCGAAGCAUGGGUCUUUGCAACAGUGGGCAGUCCAUCAAACGCCCGCUGCUCACUUCAUCUCAACUGUUGGGCCAGUCUAUCCGCAAAUGCCUGUCGCGCACCUACUGUGAUGGCACCGAACUCGAAGAAACUGACCUGCGCUAGGCUCUGACCAAACAUGCUGAAUGCUGGACGGACGAUACCAUUGAGCCUUCGAUUGCGGCCGCUGCGGUGACUCGUAUGGCAACCAUGGGGACUGAGGCUACUGCUGUAGAU